AUGCAGAGUACAAUAUCUGCAGGUGCGGAGUUCCAGGCCAAUGAUUUGGGAUUAAAGGUGGAGAGCACAUCUAUCGAACAACUUGGUUUGGCAAGGAAGGUGACAAUCACCAAGGAUAACACCACCCUUAUUGCUGAUGCCGCAUCCAAAGAUGAACUUCAGGCUAGAAUUGCACAGCUUAAGAAAGAAUUGUUUGCAACCGACUCUGUUUAUGAUUCUGAGAAGCUUGCUGAAAGAGUUGCCAAACUUUCUGGAGGAGUUGCUGUUAUAAAGGUUGGUGCAGCCACAGAAACUGAGCUUGAAGACCGUAAACUGCGAAUUGAGGAUGCAAAGAAUGAGAAGCUUGAAGACCCUGAUGAACGUCUGGGUGCUGACAUUGUGCAGAAGGUUCUACAGUGUGAUUGA